AUGAAAAGAACCCACAAUACAAUCGGGCGCUUUCUCAGAGUCACGCAAUAUGAGACAAUCGUGGCCCCGCCGCUUAUCAAGCCAGCAGCUCGCACUCCUGGAACGGCACGUCCCACUAUAAGCAUUUUCGAGCUCUGGGGCACUGCGCAGAUCACUGAUCCCAGCUCAGAAAUGAGUAGCAGUGCGAUGUACGACCACCGGAUGUCGUAA